UGGAUCUUUUUUGUUUUGAUCGUUUCAGGGUCGUCUUAUUCACCUGUUUGGCCGCCAGCUGGCCAGCAGCAAGCACGGCAUGGACACCGGGUCAGGGUGCAGUGAGCUCAACAGGUACCCCAACUUCAAGCAGUGGCUUCACGUAGUGGAUGUUCAUCCUCCUGCAGCCGAGUUGCUGAUGGAGAAGGUGCAGAACCUGAGCCACCUGAUCAAGCACGGGGAGUCUGAGAUCAGGACCAUCAUGAAGAUCUGUGGCUGCGAGGAGAAAGAGAUCACUCGUCUCCUUGAUGCCGUCAAGAACCUGAAGAAGACUUUCAACGCCAACUAUCCUUCCAAGGACCGUAGCCUGGAGGACGGUGCCAAGAGCCCCGAUGCGGUCAGCAUGGGCAACUCCAUCGAGACGGUCAUCGACCUGUCCCGGUCCCGCUCCAACUCUCCUUCCGUGAGCAGCAGCCCCGAGCAGAAGCGGCCCUCGAUCGACUCCCUCAGCUCGGACCUCUCGGAAGUGCCCUCGGUGCCCAUCACGCCGCCCCCGUUCAACAAUAAAAUCUUCAAACUGCCACCCAUGCCUACCCCGCCCCACACGCCCACCUUCAACAAGAGGGUGAAGGGCAAGACCCCGCCCCUGACGAGGAAGACCAAUCUACCCCUGCCAGCCCAAUCAAACUGGAACUCUGAUAAUCAUCUCAAUAAGAGGUCGGGCCCUGGCUACGAUUCAGCGACAUUGGGGAGAAUUCAAGUGAGAAGUCGAGACCAGCAUACCAGACGGUACUCGGACGACCAAAGUGUAAUGCGGCUAUCCUCACCCUGUAGAUCAGAAGAAAGACUAACAGACAUUGGCGUGCCACCCAAACAAGGAAAACUCGUUCCUCCCAAGUCUCCCCGAGCGACACAUCGAAGUAACAUGAUCCACGCAAUAAAACACAGAUGGUCAUUGCGCCCUCAUAGGUUCAGCAAGAAGACGUCAAUGAAGCCGCAGAGCUGCGACUACUGCCACGAGAAGAUCGUCAUCUUGCAGCGCUACAAAUGCAAAGACUGCAAGUACAUCUGUCAUAGCAACUGUAAAUUCCAUGCGGAGAAGGUCCCUUCGUGCGGACUGCCAAGAAAGUAUGAAGAAAUCUUCAGGGAGACGAUAAAUAGCGGUCGCACCGCAUCUCCCAUUAUGAGUCACAAGCCAGCUCGCACCGACCCACCCACGGUUGUCAACGUUGCAUCAUCGACGGGUGACUCGAGUUCGAAUCCCUCAUCGACCACCUCGUCGACGCCGUCAAGUCCUGCCCCAUUCAUCUCCACAUCGGGGAUUCCCCUUCCCAGCCCCAGCCCCGCCCUGCCUUCGCCGUCGCCUCGGAUGAUGGUACCUCAGUUCAAAUUCCCACCUGACGUGAGCGAUGACGUGAGCGACUUCCUAGACAAUAAUGAAAACGUCACAUCGACGAGUAGUGAUCGGACGAUAACUGUAGAUUCACACGAUACCCAUGAUCCUUUCACGGAUUCAGAGAGAACACUCCCGGAGCAGGUUGAACCUGUGGAUGAAGUCUCUGAUCCAGAACCUAACAUAUUAUUAGCAACUCGUAAAAAUAGUCAAAAACUUUUAUCAGAAUGGGACAUUCCUUUUGAGCAGCUAGAGAUACUAGACCUAAUAGGAACAGGUCGAUUCGGGGCAGUACACAAAGGAAAGUGGCAUGGGGACGUUGCAAUCAAGAUGAUGGACAUCGAUACUGACGAUGAGAAGCAGUUACAAGCUUUCAAGAGAGAGGUGUCCUACUUCAGGAAAACAAGGCAUGAUUUUGUGGUUCUGUUUAUGGGAGCUUGCAUGAGGCCCCCUCAUCUAGCUAUUGUUACAAGUCUUUGCAAAGGACAGACGUUAUACACUCAUAUACACCUCAGGAAAGACCGCUUCAACAUCAAUAGGACAAUACAAAUAGCUACACAAAUAACCCAGGGUAUGAGCUACUUACAUCACAAGGGGAUAGUGCAUAAAGACCUCAAGUCCAAGAACAUCUUCAUUGAGAACGGCAAGGUGGUGCUCACAGACUUUGCUCUCUUCAGUAUAGGCAGGCUGUCCAAGCAGAAAACGCGGAAGGAUAGUUUGGUGAUACCGGACGGAUGGCUGUGUUACCUUGCUCCAGAGCUCAUCACAUCGCUCAAGAUCAACACGGAUGGAACCCAAGACAUGGAGCUGCCUUUCUCAGAGAAGUCUGACGUCUACUCCUUCGGGACGAUAUGGUAUGAGCUGUUGGCAGGAGAGUGGCCCUUCCACAAACAACCUGUUGAGACGGUUAUCUGGCAGGUCGGCAAAGGCUUAAAACAACCACUCAACCACCUACAGGCUUCCAGGGAUGUCAAGGAGAUCCUGAUGAUGUGUUGGUCGUACUCUCCGGACAGCCGCCCCAUCUUCCAGCACAUCAAGAAAACCAUCCUCAGACUACCAAAGAAGAAGGGCCUACACCGGAGCCCCUCCCACCCCCUCCACCUAUCCCGCUCUGCCGAAUCGGUCUUAUGAUGAACGGACGAUCGCCACACGCCCCCGGGGGAAUCCCCGAGAAACUGACAUUGCUGCGGCGGCAAGAGAGAGACUUGUUCCGUUGUUGUGGAGACUAUUGUACAAUAAAAAUAAAGCGCCACCUAUAGGACUACUGAAGAUGAUGGAUGGGUCAGUGGCUGAUGUGGGUUCAUUAGAUGUCCAGGAACCCGUUUCACAAAGCCUUUUUUCAAUGACAAAUGACAAAUAUCAGUGACAAGUCUGCUGAUAACCAAUCAGGAGCGAGGAUAUCAGUAGCUUAUAACAACAACUGUCAUUUGUCGCUGAUGACAAGUGUUCACCUCAAGACCCGUUUUCUUCAUGGGGGAUCUGACCAAAGCGUUACAAUGAAGACAGAGACCUUAAGAAUCUUGGAAGACCCGCGGGAGACGAUCUAUGGAAUCUAAUGAACAAAUCAAGAGAGAUAUGCCACGUUUAUUCACCAUAUGGAUCAUGCACAGUCUUCAAACAAAUAGCCUUCUCGAUCCAGUCCACUUUAGGCAUGGCUGUCAUAAGAAAGACAUGUUGUAUCGUAUUAAAAUCUUCAUCUCCCUCCAACAUGCAGCCUUCAGACAAUUUCGAUUGGUAAAAUAACCUAAAAUAGUCUUGCCCUAUCCUUACCAUCCGUCAUGCUUGGCUGCUUCAGGUUCAGUAGCCAUCUUUGUUGAUGGCAAGAGACGAACGUCUGCAGCCAGCGAAGUUUGGUUAGGACAAAUAAUAAUAGCUAUAAUGCUAGUUGUUUACUUAAGACCAUUCAUCUGAGACAGUUAAUCUCAAAGAUUGGUGUAGCUCACUGAUAGAAUUUAUCUACGACAUGAUGAAAUGUGUUCAAUUUUUUAGAAGAGUUGAGUUAUUGAUCUCACUGAUUUGACAAGUUGGCCUCAUCUGCAUGUCUACAGUAAUUAUUGAGAAGUUGGAUAAGAUGUGGUGCUGGAGGUAAUCAUGUACAAUAAAAUUUUGAAAGCAGGGAGCAGAGCAUGUUCCGUAUCAACUCUUAAAGAUGUUCAUGCAUGGGUAUGUAGUCCUUCGUGAAGUAGGAAACUUGGAAAUCACUCCUGAUUACUUCAUAACACUGGGCCAAUGGGUAUUACGCUCUGGUCUGUGUGCUGCCCUCUAUAUACUCACGCUUGAGCAACUUUAACAUUUAUCUUUCAACUGCCAACCCUGACAAAGAACUGUUAAAUACAAAAAACAACACAUUCCAGGAGCACUCUCUUCUCUUCCCUCAGGAUUGCGAAAAUUGGUACUUGACAAGUCUCAAAGUCCCACAAACUUACUAUUGGAGGAGUGACGUAAUGGUGGAUUGAUAUUCGACUAUAUGUGAUCCAUCGUGGUGUUUGUGUUAAGCCAUGGAUGGUGUUUUUUAAAAAUUAAAUCGCCAAGUGAGAUUCCCAUUAAAUUAUCACAUAUUUGGUCAGAAAAAGAGAUUUUUAACUUUCCUCAAUUAUGAGUGAUGUAAGGGAGAUGAGGCAAUAGAAACAAAGUCAUUAUCUUCUACGGUGACUUUUUAAGCACUCAAGGUGAAAAUACCACCGUUCUCGUAAGUUAAAAUUUAGUAUUUGUUGCAAAAAUGAUAUUAUAGCUUGACCAAGUAUUAAUUUGACUCUUCUGCUUAUUGAUGAGAUGAGGGUUGUACCAGUGUUCUAAGUCCUUCGCCCAUCUCUGUAACUUCUCUUCACUAUUGUACUUGUAAGAAUCAGUCAAUCAUCAAAUGCAUAUCUAUUUAAAAAGUGGACUUAUGAAACUCAUUUAACAAGAAAAGUGUCUUUAUGUACAUGGAAAAUUGAUAUGUUUUUUGUCAACUUUUAUUUCAACUGUUUUUCAUAUUGGUCUUGGUUGGUUUAUGAUGGUAUCUGAUUUCUCUAUUUCGUAUUGUUUUGUUUUGUUUUUGUGAGGGAAAAAUACUGACUCAUUCAUUCCUUUCUGUUUAUGAAAAGUUUUGCCAGCUGGCCUGGCACCAAGAUAUUUUAUCAAUUCAAUUAUUAUUGCAUAUUUAAUUGUAUUGUAUCAUUACUAUUAUUUGACUGGUUAUGUAAUGCUAAUGUCUUUAUGUGUUUAACACCACCACAUGGUCUUUUAAUAUUGCAUCAAUAUUUUCUGUUUCUCUCUCUCGCGUCAUACAGAGUAGAUUUUAUGUGCGGUUACUGAAUUAUUUGGUUUGGUAUUUCUUGUGUAGCUGUGUGAUUAAGUUUUAUUGUUGUUGUUGCUGUUGGUGCCCUCACAUCGAUGACUGGAAAGGACAGCGUAGGCAAAUUUCAGUUUUAUUAAAUGAGCUGCAUUACUCCAUUGGUUUGUUGAGCACCCAGAUGCCAGUCUCUUUGUCCAUUCAAACGUACCAUAAUUCUUCUUUCAAAUGAAUAAAUAAAAUAAAAAUCAUGUCAUCGUGAAAUUGAUUUUCAUGUUUAUUUCACGUCUAUACCUUCAAUUUGAUACUAUGACUAUUCAAAUUCAUUGCGUUAAAUAGUUACUGUCAUACAUCGUGCAGGAGACCCGGAAAGUAGCGGUAUUGUUGACCGGGAAAGUAACCCUAUCGGAAUUUAACCAAACUCUUUCUACAGGAGCGCAGUUAAUGGAUUUUGGCAGACUUUAAGCGGGUACACUGUAUGUCUGGAAAAAAAUGGGUAGUCCAUUUAGUUAGCAUUGGCAUCAUAAUCCGAUUAUGGCGCGUUUCUACAGAAGCGCGUACCGGGAAACAUCAACAAUUACGGAAAUUAACAUUUAAAAAUACAUUUGAACAUGCCAAUUUAUAGAAAUGAGAAAUAUACAUUUGGUACUCCAUGAAUGACUGCAUACGGCUUUGCUUUCAAGAAUAUAAAUCGCUGUUUGGGUUCUUUAAAAAAAAAAAAAAAAAAUUUAGGCUCUGGUGUCUGAUAUCCCCUUUUUAUCUGUUUAUCUUGUUAUGCAGUACAGAAUUCCAUUCCAGUUGUUAUAUUAUUCUAUUUUUGUUCACAAUCAAAGUAUAAUAUAAUAUACUUCAGACAACUAUUUUCAAAGUAUGUUUAUAAUAUAGCCACUGUGUAUCAUUCUGUAUCAACCAAAAAGCAUUCACCCUUAAUAUAUAUAUAUAUAUAUAAGCUGAAAUUUAAAAUAUCUUAGUACAUUGACAAAAUUCAUCAAUUGAUAUCAGUUUUUAAAGUGUUAUAAAUUAUAUACUGUCCAGAAAAUUGUUUUGAUAUUUUUAUUACCUUAUGAGCAAAAGAAUCUGGACAUAGCUUUGGAAAGCAUUUCAAUUAAUAUCCUCAUUUUCAGAAACAUUUUUUAACUUACCGUACAAGAAGUAAUUUGUUAAUGGUAAUUAUUACCUGUACUAACAUAGUAAUGGAGAAAGCAAUACUAUAUGCUGUAUAAUGAUGUCAUCUUAUAUUAUCUUUCCAGAUUAUUUCUUUUAUUCCCUUUGAUUUUUAGCAGAUAAUUUCAAAGAUAUUUUGACCUUGAGUAGGAUGAAAAUGGUUGAGACGGGGAAGGAAAAAAAAGUCAUUUGGAUACCAAAGAUAUUUCAUCAUAUAGAGACAAAUAUCUUAUACUGAAAUUAAGAACAGCAUGGCAUUGACAUAACUCUCAAAAUGCCAAUGACUUUCUUAAAUACCAAUAUUCUUAAUGAAUAUUUUUACAAUGUACAGUUAUAUGGUAGUUUCUGUUUCGGCGACAGUUCAUAGUUCCAAAGAUUAUAUGUUGUUCUUAUAACCAUGGCUCUUUUGACAUAGUUUUGGAGAUUUAAAAAUGUUUGAUCAUGGAAUUUCCCUCGUGUUGGAUAAGAUAUAGUUCUUGAUAAUACCAUAACAUCUGCAUUCUAUUUUUAAACACUACUCUGCAAUUGAUAAACACAAAAUAAUUACUAUGAAUUGUAUGACAUAACCUUCCAAAAAAAUUUGGCAUGUUAUGGAUUUUAAAGAAGAAUGGACGUUUCUUUUAAGGGUUAUAUGUACAUGAAGUCGAAAGUUUUAAAUUGUAGAUCUCUAAUGUCCUUUUAUCACUGUAAUGUAUGCUCUUGUACCUAUCUGUAUUUUAUCAGUAUUUAUAAUUUUUAUAUAAUUUCUACCACUAUGGGCUCUUGUUAUCCACUGGCUCCUAUUUGUUGUGUGCUCUAUGUGAAAAGUUAAGUCUGUAUGAUGUAAGUGGUCUUUUUUUCUUUCUCAUGUAAUAUGUUUAUUAAUAUAUUUUCAUAAUGAAUUGAAAUACCAUUGAAUUGCAGAACUGCCAGGAAUGAAGUAAAACGAAAGAAAAAAAACUGGCAAUAUUGAAAUUGGAAAAAAGGGUUGCUAAUAUCACAUUACCUUCUUUCUUACCCUUUUUAAAGGGCUAUUCUUUUGUCUUGAAUUGACGGUUUCAAUCAAAUAUAUGUUGAUUAUUCAUUCAGUGUUGAAAACGACAUUGUGAUGUUAUGUUGAAAUAUCUGUGUGUUUGUGCAUUAAUUGAAAGAAAUUGAGAGUUUUAUUUUUCUGUUUAUGUAUGGAUAUUAUAUUUCUGAUAUAUCACCCUAUUAUUUAAAUUCUGUGAAAUGUACAUGAUGUAUGUAUUUUGAUUUAUUUACGACAACAAAAGAUGUUUCAUCAUAGAAAAUAUGCAUAGUUCUUUUACCUCUUUCUGUAUCAUAAUAACAGACACAAAUUUAUGUUAUGCAGCUUGGAUGCCGCAACCCAUACCAAAAUGCUACUUCUCAUGGAAAAAGGGAAAAGAUUGUUCGUUGAAAAUCAUGGAAAGUCAUGGAAUUUGGUUCUCAAAUUCUGUAGGAACCUGAAAAAGAAGACAUUUCAAACCAUGGUGCAAAUAAUUAAAAAUAAAUCAUGGUUUCAUUAAAGAGGACUAAUUUCAAAUAAAUUCUCUGAAAUAUUGACAAUCCUUAUAAUCUCACUUUUCCAAAAGGAAUUUGGAGUCACUUUCGUUAGGGAUUAAGGACUACACUUUACUCAAUCAUCACUUCAUAAAGAUUCAUAUUCUAUAUGUAUGCAAUGAAAUUCAUCUACAUAUAAUUCAGAAUGUUUAUAAGAGGUAGUUUCAGUGACUUAAAAUUACGUCUACAACAUAGUAGAUUUGGUGUAUAGUAUUAGUGAAAAUUCACACAUAUGGAAUACAUUCAAGAAAACAUAUCUUCCUCUUCUGUUUUUCUCCUUCAUUUUCACACUGUUCUCCCCUCUACAUGUGUCCUAUCCUGUGAAAAAAAAAAUUCACAUUUUUUUCUCUAGCAUGUACAAGACAUGUAUCACCUCCACUCUGUAACGUGCUUGUCUAUAUAGUAUAACCUCAACACGAUGUUUAAUUUGAUUUAAAAGUGAGAGGCAUGUUUAUAAAUUGAACAUGAAAGGACUUACAACCAGAAAGGACGCAAGAUAUUUGAUGAUGAUGAUCAUGUAUAAAGACAUUAUAUGAUAUAAAAUUGUAGAUUUAAACCUCGUGUUCCUGGUGAUAAUGAAAUCGCAGGUGCUGAGAUGAUAAAAGCAAUGACAACUUCGUAAUUAAAAUAAGAAAAGGAAAA